AUGUACGUGGUGGCAUCGCACCCGAACGAGCCGCUGCUUGGACCGGCCUCGAUGCGCAAGCCCGUGCUAGGGCCAUCGCAUCCGCUCGUGCGCCCACAGACGCGCCGGCUCGUCCACGUUGUACUCGGUGUCGCCAUGUGCAUGGCCGUCUCGGUCUUUCUUCUCGGCCUCUUUGCGCCCUCCACGCCGUCGUACGCGACGCUGCUGGCAUCCUCGUCCUCGAGCGCCGCGAGUCCCCGCUUGAUUGCGGUGGUCGCCCCGGCCGUCGUCUACGGCGUUGCAACGGCGGUGGGCCUCGCGCUCGGCCUCCUCGGGUACCGCUUUGUCAAGCUCGCGUUCUUCCUCUCAGGGUUUGCGAUCGGGCUCGUCCUCGGCUUCAAUGCGGCCUACGUGGCCUUGGAGCGCGAGACCUACGUCUAUAUGGCCGCGCUUGGCAUAGGCGUCGUCGCCGCCGUCGUCCUCGGCUGCGCAGCGCUCUUCUUCUUCCGCUUUGGCGUCGCCGUCCUCGGUGUCCUCGCUGGCGUCGGUCUCGGUGCCUUUCUUGGCGCGCUCUUCCUCAUGCGACUGUACCCUGCGCAGCCCGAGGUGCCGAUCCUCAUCGCCAUGGCAAUCGGCGGCGUCGCAGUCGGGCUCGUUGUCUACUUGCAGGAGCGAAUCGUCGUCGUGCUCUGCACGGCCUUUCUGGGUGGGUACUUUUUCGUGCUCGGCGUCGGCAACCUCAUUGGCAGCUACCCGUCGCCGACGAGCAUCGUGGCGUUCCUCGAUGCGCUCAAGGCCGGCGGCAGCUACGCCAUGCCGGGCGUGUGGUGGGCGUACUUUGGCGCGACGCUCGUCGCGUGGAUGUGCUUUGGCCUUGUCCAGUUCCAGUACACAGCACCCGAGACGCCGUGA